AUGUGCAGGAAGGAGGAGGAGGAGGAGGAGGAGGAGGAGGAGGAGGAGGAGGAGGAGGAGGAGGAGGGGGGAAGGGCAGCUGACCAGAGCUCUGUGUCGGCGAGCGAGUAUCUUGUCGAUAUCAGGACGGGCAUAAGCGCAGUGUUUGGAUGA